UUUUUACAAAUAUUUACUUGUUUUAUUUAAAAAUUCGGAAUAUUAGACAUAUUUUAUUUGUAAGUGGAUUUUAAUGGAAAUUUUGGUAAUGUUUUGAAAGUUUUAAACUUCAGUUUAUACUAUCCUGUAAAGCCAAAAGAGACGCUACUCGCAGCCCCUGAUUGUAGUCCAGUCUUUGCGUCAGAACUACACUUCCCAUGAUGCAUCGCGCAUGUCGGCGUCUCGUCAGCAGCGUUCAGCGCUCACCGGAGCAUCCCGUAUCAGAGCGACGAGCAGCGAUCCUCAAACGAUGAUUUUUGCCUUUUUAAUUCUCUGUAGGUGAUGGUCGCACACCCGAGAGGAUUUCUUCAGUAUGAUCCGCGCAUUGGAAUAUUUCCCGAAUGUUGUCCUUUAAGUGAGCAAUGUCAGCUGGUUUUUCAUCCAUCGGGAUUAACGCACAAAUUGCAGGAAGAUGAAGAAGCAAUUCAACCGAAUGCGACAGCUCGCUAACCAGACAGUGGGCAGGUGUCUCAGUCAUCAUGGAUCUGUGGAAGAGAAAGCUUCAGAUCUCCACCCGACGAAAACCCAAAGCCCAUUCUGAGGCUGAGAAAACAGAAGUUCUGAAUGAAGAUCUACUCCAGGCGGAGAAACGUCUGGAACUAGUUAAGCAGGUUACCCACAGCACACAUAAGAAGCUGACCGCAUGUCUGCAGGGUCAGCAGGGUGUAGAUGUGGAUAAGAGGUCCGUCAGGUCUCCUUCAAAGAAACUUCCUCUAACAUCAUUGGCUCAGUGUUUGGUGGAUGGUGCAGCUAUAUUGGGCGAUGAUUCUCUAUUGGGUAAGAUGUUGAAGAUCUGUGGAGAGACACAAGACAAACUCGCUCAAGAACUUCUGCUGUUUGAACUCCAAACCGAGCGAGAUGUCAUUGAUCCGCUCUAUAAUCUUGCUGAGAUCGAAAUUCCCAACAUUCAAAAGCAGAGAAAACAUUUAGCUAAACUGGUAUUGGACAUGGAUUCUGCUCGUGCGAGGUGGCACCAAUCAUCCAAAUCUACUCUGUCCAAUAAAGAAACAUCAACGGGGGCCAAAGCCGACGCCCUCAGGGAGGAGAUGGAGGAGGCGGCCAAUCGCAUGGAGAUCUGUAGGGAUCAGCUCUCGGCAGACAUGUAUAGUUUCAUGGCCAAAGAAAUUGACUACGCAAACUACUUUCAAACAUUGAUAGAAGUCCAGGCAGAAUAUCACAGGAAAUCUUUAGAGCUGCUCCAGAACAUCCUGCCACAGAUUAAAGCUCAACAGGAGUCAUGGGUGGAGAAGCCGUGUUAUGGGAAACCGCUGGAGGAACAUCUGUGUCUGAGCGGCAGAGAAAUCGCAUUUCCCAUUGAAGCGUGUGUGACCAUGCUGCUGGAUUGUGGCCUACAGGAGGAGGGUUUGUUCAGAGUCGCUCCAUCCGCCUCUAAGCUGAAGAAAUUAAAGGCGUCGUUAGAUUGUGGCGUUCUGGACUUUCAGGAGUAUUCAGCCGAUCCUCACGCCAUCGCAGGUGCUCUGAAGUCAUACCUGCGUGAGCUGCCUGAACCUCUGCUGACCUUUGACCUGUAUGAAGAGUGGAUACAAGCGUCAAUUAUUCCAGAUCAGGACAAACGUCUGCAGGCGUUAUUAACCACAUGUGAGAAGCUGCCGAAAGCCAACAGUGACAACUUCAAGUAUUUGAUUAAAUUUCUUGCCAAGCUAAAUGAGUAUCAGGAUUAUAAUAAGAUGACAGCAGGAAACAUUGCAAUAGUUCUGGGGCCAAACCUGCUGUGGGCGAACACUGAGGGAAAUAUUACAGAGAUCAUGACCACAGUGUCACUACAGAUCGUGGGGAUCAUUGAGCCAGUUAUUCAGCAUGCUGAUUGGUUCUUCCCCGGAGAGGUUGAAUUUAAUGUUACGGGUAACUACGGCAGCCCCGUCCACACCAAUCACAACGCCAACUACAGCUCCAUGCCGUCUCCUGACUUGGACCAAUCGGAUCGCAAGGUGCAGGACCAGAACAGAAGACCCCUCAGUGUUGCCACGGACAACAUGAUGCUGGAGUUCUACAAGAAAGACGGCAUCAGGAAAAUUCAGAGUAUGGGAGUGCGAGUGAUGGACACCUCCUGGGUAUCUCGGAGAGGUUCCUCGUCGUCACGUAAGAGUUCGUCGACCCCACCCGGCGUACAGCCGCCCGUGCCGCCCACUGAUUCGCUGAACCCUGAGCAACUGGGCGAUCUCUCCACCUCCCCCUCACAGACUCCGCCCCCGAUUAGUAGUGACAGAACAAGCUCUGAUGACACGCCGUCCUAUUGGUCGGAUUCCUGUUACGCCUGCCCCUCCCCUGAGGAGGAAAGGCCUCCCCCUCCGUACCCGUUCUCUUCCUCCUUUUCGUUUUCUCACCCCUCGCCCAACCCUCGACCGGAGCCCUGCGCGCGUCCGGUCUUUCCCGAACCCAGCCCGUCUCCUCCUCCGCUGUCCGCCCGCUGGUCCGUUUACACCCCUCCUCCUGUCCUUACGUCCUCCAACUCUCUAGAUAUCAACUCCAACCCUAAACCCAGUUUCCUGCACCUGUCCAAACAGGGCUCGGUGCCCGCCGACCCCCCGCAUGCGCCGCACGUUGAUUCUACCCCCCCACCCGUAUACAUCAAACCCCCGCUUGUGCUGCCUCGACAUGACGCCCCUCACCCUAACUUUACCCCUCACGCUGCUUCUCCACCAUGGGCCGCCGGUGUACGAGAGAGGGGACUCAGAGUUGCUAGUUCUCCUAAGACCAGAGAGCCGUCGCCUGUGAUUGGUCAAAGAGGAAUUUCACCUACAGCUCCCUCUGGUGGACAGAUACAGUUAUCAGACCAGAGUCCUCACACACUGCGCAAAGUUUCGAAAAAAUUGACCCCCAUCCCUCCCAAGGGUCCGUUUUCUCCACCCGCCGGCGUGUCGGACCUGUCUCCUGGCCCCUCUCCCGUCAGCCUGUCCCCGACCCCUCCCAGCACUCCCUCAUCGUACGGCUUCAGUUACCCGCAGGGCGGCUCCACCCUCACCUCCCCCGGUCACGCCCACAGUCAGACGCCCAGCACCCCGUCUCUCUCCUCACCCCCUUCGCUCACGGGCACCCUUCCCAAAUCACGGCCCACUCCUAAACCGCCCCGUCAAAGACCCAACCUGCCCCCUCCGCGGCCUCCGGGUACGUCGGGUCUGAGCCCGCAGCCUCUGGAGCAUCCGACGGGCCUGUUGGAUGGAUUGUCACCCGAGAGUAUGUCGACAGACUCGUUGUGUGAUCUGGAUAUUCCUGUGAUAAACGUGGAUCUGGGUGAAAUCCUGGAUGAAGGAUCUUGCUGGAACUCUGAGGUUCUGUUGGAGUCCAGCAGCAGCAAAGUGGAAUCAGAAGAAGAGUCAGAAAGCACGGCCCUAUGACACCUCUUUACCCACAAUCCAUUGCUCUCGGCCUUCAACGCACAAAUGACAUUCGGUUGUACGAUGCUACUGAUGCUGUCGCCUGCAUUUCCAUGUUAAUCCCAGAAAAUAUUCCUGCUGCAGCGACUGGAAAGAUCACAAAAGACUAUAAAAACAGGUCUGUACAAAAAAAACAUUGCUGGUGUGGUCCUGUCUUGUUUUUUUUUCUUUAUUUGCCUUAUUUAAGUUUUGCACUUUUUGCCUUGAACUUCUCCUAACAUUUGUUUGGGCUGUUGAACCGCUCACAACAGAAGAUAGAAAGUCUGAAGCUUCAAGACUCACAUCUACAGAGAUUUCAGAAGAAGGGCCAAUAGAUUGAGUUUGUGUUCAGAUUGUGAAAGUGCAGGAGUUUGUUAUACACAUACAUCACGAUGGACGUCUCUGAUACGAUUAUUUACAGUUUUCAGUGUCUCAUGCCACAAAGGUUUUAUUUUUAAGGUCUAUGGGGUUGUUUCCCAGACAGUGCUUAAGUCUAAUCAUAGAGAGAAAUGCUUGAUAAAUAAAAUCAGCUUGCACAAUAUCUUAACAUAUAACAGCGCCAUUUUUUUGACUCAAGAUGCACUCCAGUAAUGUUUUUUUGCAAGGAAUGUUUGUAAUAUAAUAUAAUAUAACUAAGGCCUAGUCCUGGCUUAAUCUAAACCCUGUCUGGAAAACCGCCCCAUUAUGUUUAAAAUAGUCAUAAAACAUCUCGUCGUUUCCUUACAUCCAGGAUAGUUGUGUUUGAACGCAAGAACAUGUUAUGAGCUCUUACCGGUCUGAUGAAGAGUAAUGAUGGUCAGUUACAGAUGCUUUACUAUAGUAAACUGAAGAGAUUUACUGUUGCACUGAAUGCUGGAGUAUUUGUAGUAAUAUCAAACGUUGAUAAAUGAAAGAAUAGAUCACAGUAAAUAUGAACGAAUAUAAAGAAGAAAGUGAAUGAUAUUAUACUAACCUGAAGUGUUGACUGAGCAGAUGUUGAAUGUGUUCUGGGUUGAUUUAACAUAGAUGAUACGCAUGAAAAACUCAUUUCUAUCUGUUGAUAUAUUUCACUGCUAAACAUAACUACAAAAACAUUUAUGUGCUUUUUCUUGACUCUUAAAUCAAAUAUUUAAGCUUUUGAUACCUGAAUUAUUCAUUCACAAACACACAAUGUUUAUCACUUCAACACUAGUAAAUAAUACAGUACAGUAUGUGAGAGAUGCACACACACUAGAAGAGACUGAAUGCUGACAUGAAAUGAUAUUUCCAGAUGUUUUAUGAGCAGAUGAUGGUUAGUAAUAACUUCUCUGUCCUCUGAUGUGUUUAUGUGUCACGCACUGCUGUGAAGUAUUAACAAGGCAAAACAGACCUGCUGUGUAUAUACUCUAUAGACAAACAAGAUCAAAGAUUUCUAAAGGCGUUCAUUUAUGAAUUUUCUCUCUCUGUGUAUACAGACAGAUAUUAUUUUUGCUUCAGACACAAUACUUGUACAGUACAUAGUAUACUAAUAUAUGAAUAUGCUGCGGUUCUCCUGGAGGUUUGUUGAUGAAUCUGUGUGUUGGAUUCAGAGAACAGAAUUGCGACAGAGAUUAAACAAUGAAGAAGUCACAAGUUUACCUCUUAUGAUCUGAAUGUUGUGCUGGUUGUGGUGAUGCAAUGUUUUCAUGUAGAUUCAGACCAAACACCAUUUGUAUGAUUCUGUUUGUUCAUUCUUUAAAGUCAACAUGAAACACGGAUCACAACCCUCUCAGAUGAUUUAGCAAUAUAAAGAUGAUAUUUAUGAAUGACAGGUGUUUCAAAAUAAAUCAUCCAUUAGGCAUUGAAAAGUCUUUCUCUAGAUGAAAUGUGAUGCUGGCUGUAAAUCAAAGUCAUUUCACAGACAGUCAAGUAUUUUCCACCAAUGAAUCUUUCUUCAUUUCAUCUUGACUUUAAUGAACAUCUUUUGUGUGUGUGUGUUUGUGGUUUUGAAUGAGUUGUAUAACUCUUGUAUGACUGUCGGAUAUAAAACAGACCUGUAUGAGUUUCUUUUUUUUUGGUAAUGUAUUGGUUUGAUCGAUCAGGGUAACUGUGUAAAUGGUGCAGAACCAAAAUGCAAAAGAGUCUCAAAACUCCAUCUUUCAUUUUUUACUUGAAGUAUUUUCCAGGUUUUUUUUUUGCUAAUCCAUCAGAGCAGAUCUUUCAUGAUGACAGCAGAUUAUUAGAUGUGAUGCUGGUAAUCAAUGUUGUUGUGUUUUCUCUACACACAUUUUGCUGUGCUGUUGUUUUAUGUUUAUUGGUUAAAGCUCAAUCUGAUCCUCUAUAACUCAAUUUGAGUUUUAUCAGCACAAGCAUGUAAAAGAGGAAAAGCUGCCUUUUAAAAGUGUAUUAAAGAUGAAGAUUUCCAGCAAAAUCAGGGCCUGAUAGAAUCGGCAGAUUAUAAUUUUAUCUGCUGAUUUUAAAGGGAAACCUGCAGAAUAGAUGUAAGAAACAUACUUCACAUUUAUGGACAGCUGAAAACAUGAGAGAGAUAUUGAAGAAGCAGAAGAUGUAACUGUAGAUUUUGAGAGAUAAAGAGAGAGAUGUAAUGUGGAUUGUAAUUGUAAUGUGGAUCUGAUCUCUGUAAACCUGCUGCAUGCUUUGCUUUCAUUCCUUAUAAUGUAUAUCAACUCCAAUCACUCUUUAUAAAUGCUGUUGUAGCUUGUUUGUCAAACAGAUAAAAACAAAUAUACACAAGCAACACAAAAUAUCCGCUGCUAUCAAAGUAACCUACUGCUUAUGUUUCCUGUACUGUCAAAUCUUAGAAACAGAAUAACAAUAUACAGCCGACUGCAUGCGACAUCAUCCUGAUUCUCUGUUCACGCUGACAGUGAUUUUAUUCUGGAGGAGGACAUAACACAUCAUGCACGACACAGAUGAUCAUGAUUUUGUAUUGCUGUGAGUGUGCAAAGACAAAAUAUGCAGUACAAACACACAACAUCUUAAACAUCGCUCACAGCCAUCACUAAAAACAUAAAACAUCACUGUCAGUGUAAACAGCCCUAAAGAAUUCACUUUAUAUUGGAUUGAACGCUGUACCACCACAUGAAGCUCUCCAACUCUUAAAUAAGUUUGAUUCAUGUCAGCGUCUCGUGCAUAUAUGACAGCAGUGUCUCAUAGUGAAAUAUUUAAUGAAGAUUUUUCCACCGCAUAUCUCUGUGUGUAUAUUAGUGUGGUGGGAUGUUAACUCAUGCAUGCUCUUUCAUUGUCAUGCACUUCUGUUCUGUCCGUUUAGUUUUACACUUGAACAAAUCGGGGCCAAUUAAAAAAUGCAGACUUUUACUCAGAGAAUAAUUUUCUAUGUUUUGUUGUUUUCAUGAGGAGGUUCUGUGUGUUAAAAUGUGUUAUAAAUGGAUAACUGGAAUAAUCUGAGACCAUCAAAGUCUCAUGCAGCUUCAAGAACAUCAUCUGAAUCAGAAUGUGAGCUGAAAUAAAAAACAAAUUAUUUAUGAA